CGUAAUUAGUUUUUGAAAGGAAGGACUAGAUCCAUUAGAAAAGUAUGUUGGAAUUGUUGAGGGGGAGGGAAGGGACUUGGUGUUUUUUUAUUUUUUGUACGGGAAUGUUGGUAUAUAGGCAGUCGGUCCACGAAGGGCACACACACACAUACACCUUCUUUUCUGGAUACAUCACACGACGACUCCGAUAGCAACAACUCUUGACUUAAAACAUUGAACAGCACACUUGAGCAGGUUUUCCUCCUCCUCGCCUAGCCAAGUCCCCGGUCUCACUCGCCCUUCUCUCGUCUCGUCUCUCCCUCCCUCCCACCAAGGAUCUUGGCAGACUGAGAAGCAGCUCGUGGGAUAACAACGUCCUCAAGACUACUGAACCCGGCCCCCUUUCCCCUAUUCUCCAGAAACAACAUAAAAGACCCCCGUUUCUCCCCUUUCCUCCUCCGAGAGAAAGACUCCCGCAAGAAUGUCCAACGCCGGUGACCCGCCCGUCGUCGUGAACGAGGUUGUCAACAAGACAGAAACUGCCGCCGUCGCCGCUGCCCCGAACGAAAUUGUCGUCGCCUCGCGGCCGGGUGAUCUUGCCGUCGUGCCCGCCGGCGCGCGCGUUCUCAACGAGGUCGUUACGACCCAGGUGUUCCCCAACCACGGGCCUGGUCCGAUGGGGUUCCAACUCUGCUCGAACUGUCGCCGUUACUGGCACACCUCCCUUACCGACCCGUUCUGCCACCGCUGCCGCUUCGGCUUCGGCUAUGACCGGGGCGACGACCGCGGCUGCGGCGGCGGCGGCCAUGGCCGUUGCGGCUACGACCGAUGCUCCUACUGUGAGCGCUUCCGGAUCGCCGAUGGCGGCGUUGGAUGCCGCGGGGGCGGCAUCGGCAUCUGCCGGGACCGGUGCGGGAGGCCGGCGCUGUGCAGGCCGGUGCCGAGGAGGCUCGCCUACGAGAAGAAGACGGUGAAGCGAUAUUACUACUAAGAGGUGUGCUGGGAUGGGGCGCGAGUUGAUCUUGGUCUGGUAGAGUCCGGCAUGGUGGCUUUUUGUCUUUCGUGUAUAAUCGCCUCUCUCGGCGGAGGGUGUGGUUUUUUUGGAUUUGGCGAGUAUUGUCAUUUCGGUAUGGGUGAAGGGGUUUUGUCCAACGUAGAGUUUCGUUUCUUGUAAUGUUUGUUGGCUCUGUUCACUCGGGCUCUUCCGGGUCCAGGGACAGUAAGGGUUUGUUUUCGUCCUGCUGAAAGAGUGAUAAGGGGAGAGAGAGAGAGAGCUCGUA